CUCUCACAGCAUUGAGGGGAAACUGACAGCAUCUCUGUUUACAAAUAGAGUGACGCGGUGUUACAAUUAAUCCGCAUUUACCUUAGUUUUGCCACUUUUCCGGCAAGGAAAUACUUCUAAUUCAUCAAAGAACAGAGAAAACUCCCGAUUUUCUUACAAUGUCACGGAAAGAGGCACUCUCUCAGUUCAUCAAUCAAAUCCACGGACGUCCGGUGGUUGUGAAGCUCAACAGUGGCGUUGAUUACAGAGGUGUCCUGGCGUGUCUGGAUGGCUACAUGAACAUCGCACUAGAUCAGACGGAGGAGUAUGUUAAUGGGCAGCUGAAGAAUAAGUACGGCGACGCCUUCAUCCGUGGCAACAACGUCCUGUACAUUUCCACGCAGAAACGCCGAGUUUGAGAGUAAAUUGAUUGAAUAUCUUCCUGAAGUCGUUUAGUGAAUGCCAUCGAGUG